AUGGGUCGAUUUGAGGAAAAUGUUUGCAUACCGAAGGAAGUUUUUUCCGCAUUGUGUGAGACAUUAGUAAAUGAAUUUGGGUUACAAGUCCUGCAACGUCCACAUGGCUUAGCUGUUGAAGAAAGCGUUGCAAUGUUUAUCCAUGUGUUGAAAGGGAAGCAAAAUCGAGAAAUCCAAGAAUGGUUCCAACAUUCCGGGGAGACUGUGUCGAGGCACGUGCAUAACGUAUUAACUUCCAUAAAAGAGUUCAUUGUUGUUCAUUGCCGGCCCACAUACAGUCAGCAUCGUAUAUAUCCAUACGUGCGGCCUAGACGGAAAUACCUACCGUUUAAGGACUGCAUUGGCGCAAUAGACGGAACACAUGUCAGUGCAUGGGUUACGGGGCCAGAUACGGCAAUAUAUUUCGGUAGGAAAUACUGUCACACGCAAAAUAUCAUGGCCGCUGUCGAUUUUGACAUGUGUUUCAUAUUCAUUUCCUGCGGAUGGAAAGGAAGUAUGCAUGAUAGUCGCAUAUUCAACGAGAUACUAACAAAUGACAAUGUCCCCUUCCCAUAUCCUGACGAAGGCAAAUAUUAUCUUGUCGAUUCUGGCUAUCCAAACCGGAUUGGUUACUUAGCACCAUUCAAAGGCCACCGUUACCACCAACAAGAAUUCCGACGUAUUGCACAAAACACGAUGGCAAACACGCCAAGGGAAUUAUUUAACAAAGUGCACUCGUCUUUACGCAGUGUGGUGGAACGCACUUUCGGUGCCUGGAAAAAUCAAUGGGGAUUUAUUCGAGACAUGCCUCGGUAUGACUUUGCAAAUGUGCAAGUUCAAUUUGUAGGUGCGUCAAUAGCAUUACAUAAUUAUAUACGGCGAAACACAGGUAACCCAACAACUGUUCAGCCAAUCUGUGACGAGGAAGAGGCUAUGACAAUAGUAAAUGCCAUACCAGAAGUUGAACAUGACGAGGAUGGUUUAAUGGUUGGGGAUGAGGACCCCCAAAUGGCAUUGGUUUAUUUGCAAUUUGGUCAUCCAAUACCUCCGAUAGCAAAUAAUUGGAUUCGUUUUUAUCACACGUGUGCUAGUGGAUGGAGGAAAGCAUAUACUAUUCGUAUUCAUCAAUUCCAUACUCUUGUCAGCCCUAAUGUAGCAACUGCUGAAAGUAUCGAUAUAGACGAAUUAUGA